AUGGAAGAUGUUCAGGAACUCCUACGCAGCAAGCUCCAAUUCGGGUUGCUAAUUGGGGCUUUGGUAGUCGGCGGUUUGACUUUGUGGCCAUGGAUUGCAGACGAUCGCGCCUUGCGAAAGUUUCCAUUAGUAGACCAAGAGUUCGGCUCGCGAUCGAAGCGCCGAAAUCGGUUUGUGCAGGAUUCAAUCGGUAUAUAUGAAAAGGGCUACAAGAUGUACCGAGACGUUAUAUUCCGCAUUACAGAAUCAGCCGGGGAAGUAAUUGUGCUCCCCAUCAAAUAUUUGGAGGAGUUGCGAAAAAUCCCCGAUGAUAUCAUCAGAGCCACAGAAGCCACAGAGGAUGUCAUCCAAACCAAGUACUUGCAUACCACCCCUGAGGAUCCACUCCUGAACCAUAUCCUCAGGGCCGACCUCACGCACAAAUUAUCACAGCUCAACGAAAGGCUAUGCGAAGAGGCAGCCAGGACGGUGCCCGAAUUUCUGGGAAAAAACCGCGAGUGGACCGCCAUCAAGGUCAACGCCACCCUACUUCAAAUAGUCGCGAUUGUUUCAGGCAACGCUUUCGUAGGGCCCGAUUACAACCGCGACGAAGGAUUCCUACGCACGACCAUCAACUUUAGUGUUGACCUGUUCGGCACUGCAUAUCAGCUCAGGGCAUGGCCGUGGUUUUUGCGCUUUAUCGGCCAGUAUCGGCUCCCGGGAGUCAAAGCUGUAAAGGAGCACAAGAGGCGCGCGAAGGAGUUCCUCGAACCGAUUAUCAAGGAGCGUAGAGCCCGCCUGGCUGCGCAAGAAGGGUACCAGGAGGCCGACGACAUGCUCCAAUGGAUGAUUGCAAAGGCGGACAAGUUCAACGUGGUCAGCGAUGCCGACCUGGCUGAUCUGCAGCUAACGUUGAGUAUGACAGCCAUCCAUACGACGACCAUGAUGACCACUUGGGUCCUUUACGAUCUUAUGUACUUCUGCCCCGAGGUUAUUGAGGACCUCAGAACAGAAAUCAAGACCGUCCUCGCCCGCCACGACGGCGCCCUCAACACACAGGCAAUGUCCGAGAUGAUGCUCCUCGACUCGGUCAUGCGUGAAACGCUGCGCUACAAUCCCGUCAAUGUCAGGGCCUUCCAGCGAUACGUUCGCAAGACGGUCAAGUUAUCCGACGGUACGGUGCUGCCAAAGGGCAGCCACAUCGGGACCCCGAUGCACAACGUUCACUUCGACCCGGACCUGCACCCGGAUCCGCUGGUCUACAACCCGUACCGCUUUUACGACAUCCGCACGGGCAAGGUCCCGGACCCGCUGGGGUACAGCGAUCCAAAGCAGCACCAGUUCGUCAGCCUUAACAAGGAGAUCAACACCUUUGGUUACGGUCGCCACGCGUGUCCCGGCAGGUUUUUCGCUUCCAACGAGAUGAAGCUUUUGCUUGCGCGUAUUCUGCUCGACUACGAUAUCAAAAUGCCCGAAGGUCAAACAACGCGGUAUCAGAAUGUUGUUUCGUCUGGGGCUGUUAUGCCUGAUCCGACCAGGGACCUAAUGUUCAAGUAUAUUGGAAAGUAAUUGGCUUUCUGUCGG